AUGAAGAUGAUGGCACAGACUGCUUAUCUCUGUCUUAAAUUUCAGAGUUCAAUUGGUGGAUUGUCGCAUAUCACACAAGAAAACAGACAUCCUAUAGAAAGGUUCAUAUGGUUCGUCUUGGUAGCAGCGGCAGUAUACGGGGCAUCCGUUUUGAGCUCGUUGACAUGGACCAGAUAUCAGGAAAACCCCACUGUGAUAUCGAUGGAACGCGACAGAUUUUCCUGGAACACCUCCUUCCCCUCAGCUACCAUUUGUCCGUUUCUCAAAGUAGACACAAAAAAACUAGACGACUACCUGAGCACAGCUACCGACAUAUCGAACAAAUCCCUCUUCAGACAGUUCGUGAUAUCUCUAUCGGAAGCAACGUACAGCAAUCUGGAGUCCGUUGUUGAGUACAAUGGAGUGUCUCCAGACGACUACAUGGAGUUGAUCAGGAAGUUUCGAUUUAAUUUCAAUCCGACGGUGACGAAUUCUUUGAGCGCUAGCACUGCUCUGUCCCUUCAGCAGACUAUCACGGAAAUGGGGCAGUGUUACAGCUUCAAUUCGCAUCUUGCUGUUUACAAUUCGCAAAAAUAUUGGGACUCAGGAAGCUGGAAGUUGGUUUCUCAAGCCGAAUUAUUCUUUAUUAGCCCAUUAGAUGGUGAAGUUUUCGUUAAUGUUGUGAAUAUUUCUAGUGCGUAUCAGGUAUUCAUUCAUGGACCUUACGAAGUGCCAGACAUAGCUAGCAAAUACGUAUACGCCUCUAACGGAAUUUUCCUGCAACUGUAUCUCACAGGUAUGACGAUCUUUACCAGCGAAGAUGCUAAAGAAUUGAGAGUGAAACAGAGAAAGUGUCGCUUUUACUACGAGAGUAAACUACCGCAUUCCCCUGUAUAUUCGUAUGUCCUCUGCCGUAUGGAGUGCAGAGCAACUCUGGCUAAGAAACUGUGUGGGUGCAUUCCGCACUUUUACAGAAAAGUAGAGAAGGAGAAGAUUUGCGAUGUUCCAGGGUUGCAUUGCCUGUCAAAAUAUAAAGAACGACUGAUUCUUCUGAAGGAUGAAUGUUCUUGCCUGACAAACUGUGACGAAGUUAUUUUUGUUGUUGAGGACACUGAUACAAGAGAGUGGUUUUUGGGAUCCAAUUUGCAAUGGGGAUUGAAGGAAUAUCCCAAUAUGCGACUGAGGAGAGACGUUAUUUUCAGCUUUUCCGAUCUUCUAGUAUAUAUUGGAGGUAUGGCUGGACUGUUUUUGGGUUGCAGCGUGCUCAGUUUCAUCGAGAUCAUUUACUUUUUUACUCUGAGACUAUUUUGGUUUGUUAUUAGGUAUGGAAAAGACAGCAACCAAGUGCAACAGUCUUGA